AUGGGGGCUAGACAUGAUAUUCACAACGGCCGUGUCACCAGGUUCUGGGUAGAUUGGUGGCAUGAGAAGGGGCCUCUCAAGGAUCAGUUCCCGGGCCUCUUUGCCAUUGCGGCGGAACCCUUAGCCACGGUUGCGGCGCUCUUCAGGGAGAAUCAAUGUAGGCUCGCGUUCCGUCGAGUUCUUUGCUUUGGGGAGCGAGUGGACUUGGCCAACAUCUCCCGACUGGUGGAGACCGUCCGCCUGUCGGAGACGCAAGAUCGGAUUUCGUGGUCCUUGGAGCCAAAUGGGAAGUUCUCUGUGCGGUCCUUGUACAAGAGCUUAUGCCAGGGCAUUCCCCACAAACACUAUGGGAUAGUGUGGGAGAUCAAGGCGCCACUCAAAGUAUGGAAGCCUCUGGCUAGGAGAGGAGACCGUCAAGCAGUGGAGCUGGUGAUUGGCAGAAUUCGAGCUCUACAUGCUUCUAUCAGAGAUAGUGCCUAG